AUGGCGGAGUCGACGGAACUGGUAAGGUCGCGUGAAAAAAAAUUAAUUUAAUCAGACAUUUAAUCCUCGCAUUUGACACGCCAAAAUUUUCGAAAGACUUUCCAGAAUACUCACUUUAUCCAUCAGUAUAAUCUUCUAGGAGUUUCUCUUCCUUAUAGAUUUGUUAUGAGCAAUGUUUACGUUGCCAAUAGACUUGUCAACCAUACGAAGCGGUCUUUCGUGUUUGCAAAUCGGAAGUCGCUAAGAUUUUCGUGAUCUUGGUGUAGCGUGAUUCUUAUUUUCUGUUUUGAAUUCCUACAGUCCCCUAAAGCUCCAACGGAUGAUGCAGGUAAUUUUUCAUUUGUAAUAAACGAGUUUAUUAAAAUGUAGAUUAAUGAACUUUUGGCAAUUAACAAGUUUUUAUGAACAAAAUGAAAUUAAACUUUUAUCUUCUUUGUGGAUAUUUUUGUAUCGGUAUUAGGUGAUUCAACAGACCAGGAAUACGAAAUCACAGCUGAUAUGAUGGUGCACGAUAUUGAUGAUGAAACAACUAUGGAUGAGGAAGAAUUAAUGGCAGACAAAGACGAAUUUAAUGAAGAUGAACUAUCAGAGCUCCAAAAGGUAAAGAAAAAAAGUUUUUAUCGCAAUUCAUUGCCACAAAUGUUUGCAGUUUUUUGAGACUGAAUUUUUUAGCUGUGUUUUAAUUUUAGAAAGGAAAAAAAUGAAAAAAUAGCGUUUUUUUGUGUGCACUUUUUCACUUUCUAGAUAUUGACUGUUUCUUCCUGUUUCAGGAGUAAAAAUAACAACGUUUUUUUGUCAAUUAUUUUUUUUUGACCCAUCAGUGCAAUUUAAGUAAUAAGGUGUCAAUAUUCAUAACUCACUUACAUUGUAUUGUAGGAUUUAGAUCAAUGAACAAAGUUUGAUAUCUGGGCUUAGUUGUUUGAAGGCUGAUUUGUGCUAACCCAAGGUUAAAUUUUAAUCUGAGUUUCUUCAUUCCUUCAUUCUGAAGCCUGUUUGGGAUAAUUUCUCAUGUUCUUUUAAGAGCAUCAAAUAGUCAUAUUCUAGAAAAAAAGAAUUUGACUGAAUUUUGUUUUAAAGCUAUUAGAUCUGAAAUCAGAUUUCACAUUAACCCUGGCUUAUUUUAACCCAGCUUUGAACAACUUGGCCCAGUUUUAAUUCAUUUUUCAGAAGUAAAAUUGAAAUUAUUUUAUUGAAUGAAAACUUUUGCCUUUUCAUUACUUUGGCCAAUCUAAUCUGCAGUUCUUAUCAAAUAUUUCACCAUACAGAAAAAAAAAAAUUUAAAAAGGGGUAUUCUCAUCUUUCCCCCUGGAUGGGAUGGUAGUCCAUUACAAGUCCUCCCUCCUCCCCCCUUCUGCCUCCCAGUAUUUUGUUAGACUUCUCUAUCAAGUUGCCAUUACCAAUUUAAACUCUUGGGGGGGGGGGGGUUGUUCAAAGCUGGGUUGAGUUUACCUAGGGUUAGUGUGAAAUUUGAUUUCAGAUCUGAAAGCUUUAAAAGAAAAUUAAUUUAAAUUCUUUUUGUAUAUAAUUUGUUGAAUGGAUGGUCUAAAAAGAAUCGGGAACAUUUUCUUUAACAGUUUUUUGAAUAGAGAAAUAAAAAAUGUGGAUUAAAAUUUAACCCUGGGUUAGUGCUAAUUAACUGUUGAACAAUUGGGCCUUUGUUGGAGAGAAGCACUUUCAGAGUUCAAUGUUGUACACACGGACACUACAUAGUGAUUGGGUCUGAAACUUAGACCUCAUGUCGAAGCUUUCAGUUUGUUUAUUUCAAGACCACUGCAUCUCCUACUUACUGUUCUAUAAAAUGAAAUGCUUAGAACUAUUCCUGCUCUUAAUAGUAUCAAAUACAUUAUUGUAUAUAUGACUAGGAACAGGACAUGCCUCUUGCGGAAUUGAUGGCAAUGUAUGGGUACUCAGAUGAGGCUAACCCAGAAGCUGAUGUACCUUUAGAUGAGAUUAAGCCUGAGCCUCUUCCCCCUCUGAUUGACGCCAGUGAAAUUGAUCCUCCACAUUCUGUUAAUCCACUGCUUGGAGAAAGUGCUCUGCCAGAAACUACAGAGUCUCCAGCAGUUCAUUCCCCAGACUCUCCCCUGUCAGUGCCAUCACCAGGGUCUCCACAGUCCCCUCCUUCACCAAGAGCUAAUCGGGAUAACAACUUCUUUCCUGAAAACCAAAGGAUAACCAGAGGAUGUAAGUAAUACACUCUGAUAAGUGAUCAAAAAGUAAUUUCUCUGCACAGGACCACUAUGUUUUUGAGCAGAUGAAUGAUGAGAAUUAAGAUGAAGGAAAUGAUCUGAUUUACUAGUAAGACCAAAUUCUCAUCACUGAAAGCAUAAGAAGUGUAUUCGAACAGUAAAGAGACUUUCUUUUUGGACGGUUUUUAACCCAUAUUCAUUGACAGCUCUUGUAGCCAUUCUUCAGCUCCCUUAGAUUUUCUGGAAUGAAUAAUGGUAUUUUAAUAUUUUUUGGUCCUCAGUGGCUGCUGCUUAUAGUUAUUUCAAUCUUGGUGAAAGUUCUUCAUCUUCUGAUGACGAGGAUUAUUCACCUGAAGACUGGAAGAAGGUGAGAGAAGCACUUUCUUGAUGAAUGUAGUAGUGUGCCUCUGUUUUCAUACAGUGGUUAAUUGAUUUCUGUUGAAUUAAGAAGUAAAUUGUAUACAGUGUACUAUGUGAGUUUAUUUUAGUUCUGACUAGAGUACUCUGUUGACUGGUUCUGUAGAGUAGCUAGUAGCUUUUAUGAAACUGUAUUUAUUUUUGUAACUAUAUAUUUAUCUACUUUUUUUAGGAGAUUCAAAUUGGACCUGAUCAUCAGGCAGAAGUCCCAGAAGUACUGGGUCCAAACUAUCAAGUUGGUGAGUUGAUCUAAUUGUUUCCAAUUGGUAUUCAAACCAAAACAAAUAUAAAAAAAAAAAUGCAAAACAAAAAAAACAAUGUGAUUUAUAUGUUCUUGAUUUUUUUGAAAACAGCUCCAUAUUCAAAAGAUGACAAGUGUCUUUGGGAUCCAAGGAAAGUUAAUGAAAAAGAUUGUAAGUCCAUUUUUCUUUCAUUUCAUUGCUACAUCUUUAUCCUGGCGGCAUCUUACGGUCUGCACUCUUUUUCAUACUUCUAUGUAGCUAGCAAAAUAUGGAACUCUCCCCCAGACACUUCCAAAACAUUACAUUUCUAGAAUUCAAGCAGGAGAUCCUCAGAUAUGAAGCUUUUCCACAGUAGAUCUACAAGUUAUAUUUCCCUCUGCAUGCAUAAUGUUGUAUAUAGUUUAUAAAUAUUAUUGGAAUUGUAAUAUAACAUAUUUUUAUUUUAUUUUAGCUUUUUUUCUUGAAGAUAUUAGCUCUACAGCUACACUGAAUUUUGAGCAUAAAUAUAGUAUAUGUAUGUAUGUAUGUAUGUAUGUAUCACAUACAGUGCAGAUAUGACUUUCUGAUUUUCCAGCUGAUAUCCUUUUUUUGUUCCCCUUUCAGUGCAGCGAUAUCUCAAUGCAAUAUGCCAAAUACCAGGCUUGGAGGGAAUGAGGAGAGAUGUUAUUAGAGAUGAUGAACAGGUAAAUGGAAAUUUUCAUCUACAAUAGUGUCAGAGUUAAAGUAAUAAUCUGGAGCAUAGAACAAGAAGUGAUUACUAUAGACAUUUGCAGAUAAGCUAUACUCACAGAUAAGCCACACUAUGCAUUUGGCAACUCAAAUUUUAGAAAAAAGUUUUUGUAAAGAAAUCACUAGAAAUCACAAGUUAAGUCCUAACCCUUCAACUCCCAUGAGUGACCAAGACAGAAUUUCUCCUUACAUUAUUAAUACAAUUUUAAGUGGAAAAGUGAUGAGAAUAAAGAAAAUUAUCAGUUAGGGGAUUAUAAGUCGAUUCAACACCAAAUUCUCCAAACUAACAUCACAAGAACUGUAUGGCAGACUGUUAGGAGAAUUGCUAAUGAGAUCUUGGGAGUUUAAGGGUUAAGGAAGUACAAGGUAGCUUUAGAUUACUUGUUUCGAUGAAUAUACACCUGCAAAAAAAAAUCACUUACCUUGAAAAUGGAGAAUACUUUGAAUCAUUACCUAUAAUAGUAUCCUAUAGUUACCUAUAAUAGUAUCCUCUAUGGUAUAGACAUCACAUCUACCAAUUUAGACUUAUUUUCUUCUUACAGUUCAACCUGCUUUCACCUAGUUUUUCCUAGUACUACAAAAUUGGUGGUUUUCAUUCGUGAGCUAACUAUAAUUUGGUCCAAAUCUGCAGGCCCUGUACUUGCUUUUACAGUGCGACUAUAUUGUGGAAGAAGCUAUUAGCAAAAGGAAAUCACAAACAAAUCCACAAGCAGGUUUGUGAUAAUUUAUUUCCCAAACUUCAUUUAAAAAAGUAAAUAUUUGUCUUAACAUAGUCAAGAUAUUGUGAUCAGUAAAAGCUAGAAAAAAGGCUUAUAUCACAUGGUGCGCAUGUAUUUUAUUGUUUAGAAAUGGCUCUUUGGUCUGAAGAUGAGUGCAGAGACUUUGAAAGUGGUGAGUUAUUACAUGUAAUUGUUAUUACAUGAAAAUGUUUAAAGCUUGUAAUAAUUAUUUAAUAUUUUUCAAAUAUAAAUUAUUUAAUUUUUUGAGAAGAUUUUUGAGAAAAACAUGUCAUGGCUGUACCAGUUCAGUCUGGUGGUGCAGAGGAGUGAAUGCAGGUUUUCUUCUUCUUUCAGGCUUGAGAGUUUAUGGGAAGGAUUUUAGACAGAUACAGAAAAAUAAGGUAGGGUAGGCUCUGAUCUAUUUCAUGCCCAAAAUAUGAUGGACUGAGUUGUUAACUGGGUAAAAAUGAUAGAAUGAAAUUUGAUCAACUUUGUGAAAUAGUCAGUUAAACUGGAUUCUUUUUCCAAUCUUUUGUUAAUUUAUUAAUAUAGUACUUUUAGACCAGGUUUCCCAUUCUGAAAUUUAAUUUUAUGCUAAUAUUUCAAUUGUUGAUAGAAUGUUUGUGUUUUGAUUCAAGGUAUGAUUUGAAUGGUAUGAACAAGUUUCAAUGUUUUGUGUUUCUGAUUAAGAUAGAAUGAAAGUAAUCAUUAGACGGGUUUGGAAAUUUGAACGGAAGGAAAACUCUAAACUUAAACAUUUACGUAUUGCAGGUUAUAUCACGCAGCGUGGGAGAAAUUGUUCAGUUUUAUUAUUUGUGGAAGAAAACUGAACGUCAUGAUGCAUUUGCUUGCCAAACAAGGUUAACCAAAAAGAAAUAUGCAUUUCAUCCUGGUAUCACGUAAGUGUUAUUUGAGUUUGUUUGAUAAGUAAACUUGCAGUGAUCUGUUUACAGAAGGAGAUGCCUUAUAUUUUGAUGUGAACAUGGGGCCAAAAAAAAUAUUAUAAAUGUUAUUUAUGGUCUGACGGGAAACAGUUGAUUUGUUUUCCCAAGAGUCCUGAUGUUUCCUGAGACAAAGUUGAGGGAAACAUCAGGAUUCAAGGGAAAACAGCACUAACUUCCUGAGGAACCCUACAUUAAGUGCUUUGUUAUAUAUUUAGAUCUUCCCUUAACCAAUUAUGUGCUGUUGUAUUUGGCGUGUGGGUAACGACUGCGCAAUUGUAUCCUGGUCGUAAUACAUUUCAAUUUGAUCAGGAGCACAUGACCAAGAAUCAACCAAUCACAGUACUUGUUUUGUUGAGUGAAAGUCUAGGUAUAUAUAUAUAUAUAUAUAUAUAUAUAUAUAUAUAUAUAUAUAUAUAUAUAUAUAUAUAUAUAUAUAUAUAUAUAUAUAUAUAUCUGAGUCCCCCAUAAUGAAUUGAAACACACAACUUCAAAUUUUUUGGCUACAAGUUAAAAGAUGGCAUGUUUUAAGCUUGGAAAUUGAUUUAAUGGCCAUGAUGAUGGACCGUUACUUGAGUCAUUAUUGUUAAACUGAGGUUUCAAUUUGAUUCAGGGAUUACAUGGACAGAUUCUUGGAUGAAAAUGAAAGUGCUGCAUCAAGUCGUGCAUCCAGUCCCCACAACUUUACAACAUCAAGAGCAUGGCCAGGAAAUGGCAUCGCACCUACCACCAUUCAAACCUCAAAUCAGUCAGUAGCAACACAACCAGCCUAUACUAUUGGAGCCCCUACAGCAGCCCAGAGCACUGUUGUCACAAUCAAUGGCUCAAACUCCAAUGCUUCAUCUGUCUCAUUGCCAAGGAGAGAGAGGGAAUCCCAUGAGAAUCCUACCAACAGACAAGUGCAGCAACAGCAAUCUUGCGUUCCAACAUCUGUUAUAGUUUCAGGUCCAGAUUCUGGUGGUGAACCGCCAACCAAAAAGUUAAAAAUCCUUCCUGGUUCACGGCCAAAGCUGAUCAACAGCAUGCUGAGUAAACCACCUCCUUUGAAACCUAUUGUGUCAGCAGGAUCUGGGGCAUUCCAUCCAAAUAAUCUAGGAAGUGUACCAUUGCCUCCAACAAGUGUUUCAAGUUUUAACACAUCAAAUUCUCAUGAACCUUCUUAUCUACCUGUGCAAAACACACCAGCUGUUACAGAUUCUCUUCUCUUUACCCACAACAAGUGA